AUGGUAUUGAAAACUUUACAUAGAAUAGCUAUUGUAAUAACAUCAACAUUACUUCCUGGUAUGGUUAUUGAAAGAUGUAUUGCAACAUCAUACUAUAAAAUUUAUGAAAGAUCAUUUAAUGGUUGUUUUAGUCAAUUAUUUUGUAUUAUUCAAACAUUUAUUAGUGCAUCAAUAAUUAUUAUUGGGACAAUUUUUUUUCCUAACACAAUAGAAAAAAGUAAUUAUAUUUCUAUUUGUCAAUAUGAAUUUUUAUCUUAUGAUUUCACAAUAUAUAUAACCUAUAUUAUAUUAUCUUCUGCAGUAAUUUCAAUUAUAUCAUUUAUAAUUUUAUUGUAUAUAAAUAAACAUUUAUAUAAUAAAGCUAUUACAAAUUUUUCAAAUGGAUAUUUAACAAGAAAAUUUCAAUUAUCUGAAAAUAUUAAAAUAUGCCGCUUGAUGUGCCAAUUUAUUAUGAUUUAUUUUUUUGGUAUUGUUAUAUGUUCAAUUUUUCUUAUUACUGCAAGUAGAAUUUCAAUUAAUUCAAUGACAUAUAAAAAUUAUGUUACAAUAAUACAUUGUUUUGGUCAAGGUGUUGAUAUAAGUCUUGCUUCAAUUUCAUCAUGUCUUUGUUUAUAUGCAAUGAGUAAAUUUAAAAAAUCGCAAUUUAAAAUUGGUUUUAAAGAUCACAAAAAAAAUUCAAAAGUAUCACCAUUAACUAUAAAAGGGAUUAGUGGGAAUAAUUUGAUUUUGGACAUUGAAGUUGAGAAAAAAUUAUAUUUUAAAGAAUUAAAUAAACAAUGGUACUAA